AACGACGCCAAAAAACGAGCGAAAAGAAAAAGAGCACACAAGCAGAUCACAUUCAGCCAUUAGCAUUUAGUUUGUUGGAUGACAACUUGAAAAUGUUCAAAUUCAAAUGGGAUUCAAGUUCAACCCAGGACCUUGUACUUCAUAGGCAGAGUCACUACCCACGAAGAAAGAUACAGAGGCCGUUAAAACACAAAAUAAUUCCGGUGCGGAUUUACCUGCUAUAUUUUUUAAUACCACCCAAAGGCCGAAAAUCUAGGAAAGUCAAGUUCUCAACCACUGAAUCAAUCCAGGGCUUAUUAGUUCAGAUAGAUGACGCCGGAGAUAUCGACAGCGUAAUCGCAGCCCAGAAAGCUAAGGCUGCAGCCCGGAAGGAUACCGUGCAACCCUUCGUGCUCAUACAAAGACCGCUACAAAACUUCGCCCAGAUAUACAUCGUUAUUCAUGAUAUCAAAUACCACGUGCAUUCAGCUGCAAAGGCGUUCGACUUAUUGUUUAAGAUUUACCACGUUUUCCACGCCAAGUAUCCCCAAGUGUGUGAGCACCUCCACGUAAUUAUUCAAAAAAAGUGUAUCAAAUCCAUACGGCGUAUGAUACAGUAGGUACCACCGUAUAUAGUUGACGUUUUAAACUUAGAUGUGUAAAAUUUGGUCUUUGUAUUUUUAUUAAUAGUAUAGGAUCCGUACUAAGCUCGAUCUUCACCAACGUGUUAACCAGAUGAAAAUAAGUUUCUGAACAUGUCUCCUCAAUAAAAAUGAAUGGUCAAGAUUAUU